CCUUGACAUCUGGGCUGGAGCCCAGGACGGGUUGGGGCGAGCAGCAGGAGCCCGAGGGUGCCGUGAAGGGCCAGCAGAGGCCACCGAGUGCUGGUGGCUGCAGCUUGGCUUCGGCCUCAUCCCCAGCGCAGCAGGAGAAGCAUCUUCAGUUCCCAGCAUCUGGGGUAUCCCCUGGCCAGCCAGACAGGAUCCAUCUGCCUCCCACAGAGCUGCCCCAGGAGCACAGCAGCAAGUGAUGGCCAUCAUGAGACCAGGCCCUGAGGAUGCCUCCUCAGAGCCCCAGCUGGACCUGGGGAAGAAGAUGAGCACAACACAUGACCUGAUGAUCGAGGAGCUCUCCCUGCCAAACAACCGCGGCUCCCGGCUCUUCCAGCAGCGCCAGAAGCGGGUGCAGCGCUUUGUCUUUGAGCAUCCCAGUGGCUCCAGGCAGCUCCCAGGGCAAGGGGCAGGUGGCUCACACCACACUGGGAAAGGUGAUCCAGAAGGAACAGUGAAUGAACAGAUGGCAGGGGAGAGUGCUGGGGGCCAGGAGAAUUAUCACUCUGAGCUCCACGUAGCAGCAUCACCCCAAGGUGGCCCCCCAGAAGUACCCAAGAAGUCAGAGAAGGUCUUGCACAUGAGCAAAGUCCUGAACCCCAGUGCCCUAGCCCCAGGGUACUCAAGCCCCCUCAGGGAAAUCCCCCACGAGAAGUUCAAUGUCACCGCCAUCCCCAAGGGCUACCGGUCCCCAUGGCAGGAGCUCUUUGGUGACAGGAAUGAUGCCGUGCACGGCAAGAACCCGCCGCCCAUGAGACCCCUCGCGUGGGACUUCAGGAGCUUCAACAGGACUCCAGCCCCGUUUGACAGGGCGCUAGUUGGUGAGCUGUCCUCUUUGCCCACCGUAGAGCUGGAUAACCUGAGUGUGCUGGAGGUGAUUUCCCACAGGCCCAACUUCAACAGGGUGGCCCAAGGCUGGGUGCGGAUCCUGCCGGAGAGCGAAGAGCUGUAGGACGUGCGCUCCCUUCCCCACGGCCACGGAUGGUUCCCUCACUGGACUCGGACACGCCCACAGGGGAGGGGAGAGGAUGGGGGGCAGGUAUCCUUCGUGAAAGCUCAGCUGGUGGGCUCGGGUUGUCAUCUUCGAAUGAGGUUUGAACGAGCUCGAGUGUGGGACCAUUCUGAAUUCCCCUUGCAGUCAGCGCCAAGCCAAGUCCUCACUGUUAAUCCAGCAGAUCCCCGCAAGCUCCCGUACAAAACAUCCCACAUCCCGUACAGCCUGUCCUCCUCCCUGCCUCAUGGAAAACAGCAACACUGCCAGCUGCAACACACCAAGCUGCCUCUCUGCAUCCUCACUGACACGCGAGACCCGCUCGGACAGCUGGUGCUUUUGCAGAGAAAUUCCAUCUUCAGGACAAGCCUGCAUCUGUCAUUCCAGUCAGGACGCAGAGAGGAGGGGAUAAUGGAAGAGCAGUAGCAAAACAAGUUACUUGAGGCAUUGGCAUGUUGAAAGCAGCUACCUUGAGCUUGGCUGGACAACAAAAACAAAUGAAGGAGUGGGAAUCUACUUGUUUACCAACACAGCACAGCCACGGUAGAGGGGAGAGGAACACUGGGAGUUGGAAACUUGCUCCCUGUUUUCCACAAGCUACUGGCUAGCACUUGGCAGCUAUUUUCACCUUCCUACUGCUCUUUGCAUGUCUUGCUUGAACACCUAAUCUAGGCUCUUUGGGUGACAGAUUUGCUUCAUGUAGUUGGUCAAGGAUCAGACCCUGACUGGACCUGCUGCCCUGCAGAACCACACCAGUGUGAGGAUGCUGCCAGGGUGUUCUGGUAACUUCAACACCAGUGGGAAAGAAAAGCAGCAUGGCUGUGCCUCCAGAGUAAGCACAAGCUUCCCUGGGAACAUGAAAAUCAGCAGUGAGGAUCCAACUACACCAACAUUUUCAGCAAUGACACACAGUGGGACAUGCAGCUAACAACAGCCUACAGUCACCAGAACAUCUGGGGAACCCCACUCACAACAAUCUGACUCAACACAGGUUUCCUUCAAUUGCUUUUGUCACAUUCUAAAUGCUAGCCUUUCUUAUACUCCCAAAAGCACCAGGAUAAAAGUUUUUUUCCACCACUGUGGUUAAAUGGGGAAAGUAAGUGUUGCAGUAAAAAUGCAGUUAGCAGCUGCCUCAUUUGUGAAGUUUGUAAUGCUGUGCAGGGCAAACCCCAUGCAGGUAUUCUGCUGCCACAAUGUAUCAUUCAGGUGGGAAGCUUUCAUUACUCUUUCCUACAGAAGCAGGAGGGGGCAAGCAAACAGAAAGAAAAAUGGUUUGUUCCUUAGAAACAAUAAAUCUAUGAUGCUUAACUGCUGCCCUGCUCCAUUUCCCUCCUCUUUGUCCCUCAUCUGCAGAACCUAGGCACCCUGGGUAACUGGCUGGAAAUAAGAAAUAAAUAUGAAUGAUGUGAAGCC